AUGCAACCAAUUAAAAUUGGUACAUGUACACAAUUUGAACGACGUUUUUAUUUUAAUUUGAAUAUGAAUAAAUGUCUUGAAUUUGAUUACAGUAGUUGUGGUGCUAAUGAUAAUCAUUUUGUUACACGUGAUACAUGUGAAGAUAUAUGCGAUAUUUUAUUACAUGGACGAACAGAGGAUGGUAAAAAUACAUGUUGUAUGACAUUACCAUGGUCAGAAUGGAGUGCUUGUUCAUCUGUUUGUGGACGUGGAACACAAGUUCGAUUACGUGCAUAUAAAAUAAAAUUUUUAGUAAUGGGUUUUUGUUCGGAACCAUUAGAAGAAUUUCGUGAUUGUGAAGUACCUUGCGAUUCAGCACAAAUGUAUCGUUUAUCAGAUACACGAAAAACAAUGAUUAAAAGUAUUGAAACAGCUAAAAAAAAAGUAUGUUAAAAUUAAUUUAUAAAUUUAAAAAGAAAAUAUUUUUUUGUUUUUUGUGUAUGUAGAUAAAUUUAUGCAACCA